AUGCUCGUUGCGUCAUUGUCAGAGGAAGUUUUGUAUCUCGCUCUCGGCCACACCACGUCUCGAUCGUUGUGGCUGGAGAUCGAGACUACCUUCGGGUCCGUCACUCGGGCUCGUUCUCUUGGCCUUCUCACGCAGUUGCAGGAGCUUCGUCAAGGUGACAACACGACUUCGGAGUACCUUGGGCGUGCAAAGGUUCUUGUCGAAGAGCUUGCGAUGGCGGGGCAACCGGUGUCGCUUGACACGCAGAACUUGUACAUUUUCAAAGGACUGCGGCCAGAAUUCAGGGCUAUGGCGUCUUCCCUCGUCACUGUUGGAUCUUCAGUGACUAUUGCCCAGCUUUCGGACUUGCUGCGUGCUCAACAGUUCAUUAGCAGCGAUGAUUAUUCCCCUGCAGCGGAUUCCCAGCCGGCGGCGAUGCUGUCGCGGCGAGCAGGUGAUGGCCGACAGUCGGCUGAUGUUAGUGGAUGGCGUGGUGGUGGCCGUGGCUCGGGACGUGGUCGCGGUUCUGGUCGUGCUGGACGCGGUGGCGGCAGGGGACCUCGCUGCCAAAUCUGCCGCAGCCAUGGGCAUACGGCGGUGCACUGCUACCGGCGGUAUUCCGAGCCGGCGUCUCCGCAGGUUCAUGUUGCGGUUGUUCCUGGUGAUUCGGCAUCCCACUCCCAGGCUUGGUUUCCAGACAAGGGUGCUACUCACCACACCACGCCGUCGGAGGAUGUGCUAGCAGACACGGAGGCCUAUCGUGGUUCUGACUCUCUCCGGGUUGGAAGCGGCGAAGAAAUUUGCCCGUGA